AAGGGAGAAAUAUCGGCAUCUUUAGACAACACCGUCCGAGACUAUAAAUCUUCAUGUUCUCUUUCUCAUUCUUGUUUCGCUCUCAACUAAAUCAUAAUUAUUACUAAAUAUAGGGUUGUUUUUCUUUUUUCCGGUAGAUACCUUUCAAUCAUCGAUCUUUCACUCCUCCUCAGGAAUCCCGCGUCUGUCUCUCAUUCAAUCGGUGUCUUCUUUAGAUAAUGAUCCGGAUUUUCAAGAAAGUUUGGUGAAGGUCAAGUGGGUUUUGUUGUGGUAAUUGAAAGUUGUAUCUAAAUGGAAGGAGACCCAUUUUCAGGAUUUGGUAUUGGUACACAAAUAGACAACAAGGUAAUACAGACAUUUCAGAGGAGUUUUGUUCAAGUGCAGAGUAUAUUGGACCAAAACAGAUUGCUUAUCAAUGAGAUCAACAAAAACCAUGAAACUAGACUUCCUGAUAACCUUUCUAGGAAUGCAGGCUUAAUAAGGGAGCUUAAUAAUAAUAUUAGAAGGGUUGUUGACCUUUAUUCUGAUUUGUCAUGUUCCUUAGUUACAUCCAUGGAUGCUUCAUCUGAAGGUGAUUCUAAUGGUGCCAAACUUCCCCACAAGCGAAAUCGCCCCGGUUAGAAUUUGCUCCUAGGCAAUCGUUUGUCUUUUUUGAGCUGAAAGAAAUGCAUCAGAGUAUCUGUCAUUCUCGAGUUAAGAGUCUCAUUUGUUGCUAACUAAUUAUUUGUUUGGCAAGGGUAUGAUCUGUCGUCGUCCGAUCCUCUGCAUAUCCUGAUAUUUCGGAUAUGAUGACUAUGACGACUCUUGUAUCUGCCGCUUCUUUUUGAUCCUCUCCUUGGAAAAAAUACUUUGUUUUCUUCAUUGUCUUUAUGGUUUUGUAGCCUCAUUGUAAACCACUUAAGUGGAUUUGAAAAUCAAGCAUGGUUCUUUCCUCUAAUCUUUUAAGAUUGUUUAUUAUU